AACACAUUGCCACUGGAGGGUCUUACGUUAUUAAUGAACGAGGUAAAGUAUUUUCCCAUUUUAAACAUCGAAAUUAUAAUUCGAAGUAGUUAGCAACUCCUUGAUGAAGUAUUAAUGCCCUAUAGUUAUACUAGUACACCGACUUGUUCGAAAUAACAUCAUUGCGACUUUGAUUCCACGUAAAGAACAAUGGCAAAGUCAAUAUGGAGUUGCUGCAACUUGCUCUCGAUGUGGUCGUCGGUCCCGCUAGGCGGAGUGUUCCGCUGGUUUUACCUGAUCAUCAUUCUUCUUGCUGUGUUGGCAGGUCCUGGACAAAUCACAGGAGUCAUCGCUCUUCGGUUGCAGCAGCGCAGCCCCCGGUUGAUAGGACGAGGCGAUCUACAAAGGGACGAUCCAGUAAGUUUUCGUGCGGAAUUUUACAGGUGGUCGGUUUCCGAGGAAAAAUAUGCUUUUUUGCCGACGAAGUAUGGCAACUUGUUCUAUCGCUACCAGCAUUUUGACCCCUCUCCUACGACACCAGUUACUCGACAUAGCAAGAACCGAAGCGAGGACCCUGCUUCAUACGCAACAAGUUUAAGUCGAAGUACAGCAGAAACAGGCUGGGGCGUGGAUCAUACACGACCGGCGUCUGGAGGCGCGACAGAAAGAGCAGGUUGCAGGCUGGGUACAUCGGUUCAGGUAGCAACGCCGCUAAAAAACGUAUCAAGUUCUCUGGUUGAAGAGCUCCAAGUCGGGGAAGAUAGCAGAAACCCAGAAUGCGGAGGAGAUUCUGGCCUGAUGGAUCCUUCCAAUAGCGCGUCCAUAACGCAGUCAGGCGUAUCGACACCGGUGACAUCAUCUAGUCGCCAAUAUCCUGCAACCGCAGCUACACCAGCUAACCCUACCAACCCUGAAACCGUUGCUGACAGUUUUAAGUUUCGAGCCACGCCAGCUGCACCAGAUUUCUUAAACGCGACCACGGGACUCACAAGUAAUGACCUGCUGAGAACACUGGCUGGAUCGGUCUCUCGAAAUGUACUUCCGCAUGUGCAUGAGCCAGAAACGUAUAAUUUUUCAACAAUAGUACCAACCGUCUCGGUACCCUCUGGCUCCUCUCCUUGCGGCUCCUGUCCUUGCGGUGGGAUGAAUGCGUCUAUGAUGUAUGCGCCGGCGUAUGAAAAUUCUCGCAACAUGCAACAUCAGUCUCACGACGGUCUUCCGCACGACGUGGUUCAAACCGUUCCGCAUAAGACUGCUCCAAAAGCGGCGGCCACAGCACCAACGACUCAGCUUCGUCACGGAGCAGCUACUGUAAAGAUUCCCUCGUUGGACCUCUCUGGUACGGCGACAGUGUUUGGAGAAGGAGCAGGAGCUGCCGCGAAUCAUGCAACAAACACAGCAAGAAGUGCAGCGGCUACCGCAGGUAAUGGAGGAACGACUUUGCGUCUCCCUGAUGGCGCCCUAGGAAUAGAGGUAACUCCAGGUGGAUGGGGACGAGGAGCAAAGGAACUAGUGUCUGCUGAAGUUGUGGAUGAGAUUCGACUUGACAGCAGAACCGGUCGCUUCCAGUUACCGGAUGGUGGUCGGCUCAUUCUUUUCUUCACCCACGGCAAUCCUGGCAGCAGCGAGGAGUUUGACCAGGUGAUUAACGAAUUCGUCUCGUCAUAUCGAAAUUUCAAGGAAUCAGCAGAUCUUCCCUUCACAUGGAUCGCGAUGGACCUUUUUGGACAAGGCAGAAGUCAAAACGCGAAGCUUUCUGGCGACGAAGAUUGAGGCUACUAGUCACUCACAGUCACUAUCUUACUUGAGGUGCGUGUGAGGUAUCUCUAGGUAUCCCGAUGGGCUUUCGCGUCGCUCUUGAACAGUAAACCAACGGGGAAAGAACUCGAGUAAUCACUCGCCGAGAUGGGAUAGUGACUGGCUGGCGUUAAGAAGCGUAUGUUUCAGUCGAAAAGCAUGCUGAAUUCGCAAAAGAGAUCGCAAAAAUAGUUUUAAAGGACAGUGAAACAAAAAAGGUCAAGACGACCUGCUCGUCGGCGGCCGCUGCAGGUUAUAGUUGUUCUGCCAUGAUGACCAUGACAAGUAGUGCACAUCCUUCGACAUCAAGAACACCGUCUUCAAAGCUGCUGCGACAAAGGCGAGGCCGCUCCGCGACGACGAAUCCUGCCAUCACAAGCUGCACCCCGCCAAAUCAAAGGCACGCUCACUCGUCUAGCCCUCUGUGCGCUAUGAUGAAGUCUACGUGUAAUUAUCACGAUUACAACACCUCCACAUAUAAUCAUCCUGCUGAGAGGAACUACAUGCAGACAGCUGCGAACAAGCAAGACGAGGACAGUUUUUCCUCUCCUCAAUCCACAGCUGGAGGUGGAAUGACAACGGGAAAAACCACCGCGGCGACUACGGAAGUAGAUUUCUGCGGUACUACAACUGGGGGAGGUGUUUCCCAUAAUUAUCAUGAAGCUGAUCCCGUCACAGGCCAAGGCAUCUUUCGAUCUUCUGGACCUGGAUGCACUGCUGGUGUAACAAGUGGGCAGAAUCUAUAUUCUCCGUUGGCAAAUCAUGAAGAUAAAGCUGAAUUAGGACCAGGAUCAUGGCUGAAUGAUGUCGCUGAUUCGACCCCAGGCAGUGCGCUUUUCAGUUUCAGCGCAACAACCAUGCAUUCUGCUCAGGGGGGACCCGCUAUAGACCACCGUCCUUUGCGCGGGUUCGUCAUCCCAAUAUUAAGGCAAUUGCUUUUAUUCCUCAGAAAGAUGACAAUUCAACGAGACAUUAGAUUCAGAAGGAUUCGAAUUCACAGACAUUAGAGGCAGCCUGCUAGUAAGUUGCAUCGCUUGAUGCGACGCAGGCAAAAACUGGGUAGUAUCCUACUCUGUGUCAGCGUCUAUCUCUGUCUCUAGCAGCAAAGGAAGAUGGCUUGAGUUCUAACAACAAAGCUGCGUAGAAGAUGUUCAUUAUGAACGUCUCGCCAUUAUAUUUAGAGCAAACACAUGAAUUUGAAUAGACGAAAAAGGACUGGUAGGGUGGUUUUUUACGAGAGAUGAAGCAAGAAGGGCGCUCCUCUAACCACAGGCUCGCUGACUGGGACAGGUGUGGCACUCUCGCUAGCCUAUCAUUAUGCGCAGGUCUUUAGUCACUAUAUUUCUGAUGAUGGUGUAAAUCUAUCGUGAGUGGAACUUGUCAAAGUGACCACUUAUUUUAAAUUCCAGUGGGGUCGUCUCACUGGAAGAACCACAACGAGGGUCGCGAAGAUGACAAGCUAGCCUCUUGUGCUCUAAUUGCAGCUAUUGAUUGGAAGGACAUCUGAGCAGGUCCCUCUUAGCGCGCGUAAGCUAUUGCGGAGCGCGAAUGAGGUGGAACUCGAACUAUUCACUACUGUGCUGCACGCACCUGUGUACUACAUGAGCACGCGAAUACGAGAAGCAGUGGAAGAUCAUGCAAGCUCGUCUCGUGAUUGGACACCUGAUCGGAAGUUACGGAUCUUCAUACUCAAGGCAACUUACUGCAAUAUUAAUGGGUAGUUAAGAUUGAGCAAUUUAGUGCAGGGGUGAGUUCACUUUACGGCCUACAAUCUAAUCCUAUCAUCAUAUUGAUUUUGAUGGGUAGUUAAUCUGAUGUUCAUCUUCAUGAUCCAGUUGCAGUUGGCGGCUCAUGGUACAUUGUAGUUGUGAACAAGACGAAAAAAAGCAUUGAGAUUUUGAUUUUAUAUUCUCGUCCAGAUGAUUGUUGUAGAUCAUGUGAUGAUGAUACUCAUCGAUCCCCUUCUUGUCGUCUCAUGAUCUUGUUGAUUACAUAUGUCUUAGUUGAAGUUGUAAAGGUAAAAAAGCUGAUAAUUCAGGUUCAGACUCAGGCUGCAGUUCAUCUUGUGUGAUAAUUGUAGUGAACUUCAGAGUCAUAGAAGGCGAGAAGUCCAAGCGCUCUAAGAGUUGGGGACUUUCUGAUGAGAAUGUGGAAGAAUCCGAGUUACCUGCCCAAUCCCCAACACCCGCUAUCGGACGAGAUUCGCACAACAGCGAUGAGGGAUAUGCUUCGUGCCGCAAAAACGCAGUGGCAAGCUGUCGCGGCACAUUUGGUACUUGAUCGCGACCUUUUGAAUUCUACACAUGCUGGAGGAGCAAGGGCUGCUGUUAAGAACUCUACUUCUUCGAGACAAGUCAUCUCCUGUUCGAGCAAUUUAUCUUUGUCUCAUCCAUAUUACUAAACUUCAGCAGAAAAAGGAGCAACAUAUAAAGAUAUAAACCGUGCGAGAGGGAUUAAUAAAUAACAAUAAAUGCUUUUGGAAAAUCAAAAUUUUUCAUUUUCUCGUUACUUUUGAAUACAACCAGGUGUACCAGGAAAAGCAUUUUUUGUAUCAUUUGACUGCUGUGAGCAGGCUUGCGGAAACGAGUGGUCAAGGCAAUGCUUGCGUUAUCUGGGGUGACCACAUGCUUCACGAUCCUUUCUGGGCUAAAAAUUGGAUGAUUCAAGAAAGCGCUCAGCUCAUCUCAUCGACUUCACGCACGGAACCAAUACUGAUCCUUACGGACUCGGACCACGAAUAUUGCAGAUGUAUUUUUUAUAAAACCGAUUACAAAGAAUAAGAAAUUUUUUGUCAACUUUUCAACAACUAUAAAACUAGCCUCCAACAGCAGCACAAGCUUCGCCCGGCUCCAAAUUCUUCGCCCAAUUCUUCUUCGCCCACGGGCUACAGCUAGAGACAGCCUACGGGCUGGGUAGUGCACCUCGAUGAAUUGACUACGGCGCGAUUGCUGGCACUCACAUAAUUAGCACUCACGUACUUAGCCACGUCGAUCCAGGGGAAGGCCAGCGGGAUGCUUUCGGUUUUUUAUUGAACCGCCGGGGGGGUCAGGCAAAUCCUUCAGAAUCUGCAAAACCCCCACAGCAGUCCAACAAAAAGCUGGAAGAGAACCACCCGACACGCAUAAGGACCCGCAGGGCCCAACGCCUACAGCCGGCCCGCGGUGGCAGGCAAGAGCGGGGGCAGGGGGGCCUUGACGGGCGAAGAAGAAAAAGCAACGCAUGGCGUGGCCGCGCUGGCUGGGUCUUUCUGCGUGCAACAGUUGCGGCUCUCUCUUUCGUCUUUCUUCGGUCAGAGAGGCACCGCUUGCCGGAGGGGUGUCAGCCUUUCGGUCUUCGGAAGGCUGACGUCUUUCGUCAGACCGACGCCCUUCGUCAGGCCGUCUGUCUUUCUCUUAUCGUCAGGCCGGCACCUUUCGUCAGGGCGACACCUUUCGUCUGGCCGACGUCCUUCGUCAGGCUGAUGGCGUUUCGAGUCGUCGGCCAGAUGUCUUUCGUCAGACUUCUAUCCCCAAUUUGCGUCCCUACCCCCGUCGGGAAUUUUUCCGGCUUCUUUUCUGCGAGUAAGUAUGCCCGGGGCCUUUUUGUAAGCUUCCGCAAGAAAACGGUCGGGGACUAUCGCGGCUGGAGCUGGAGGGGAAAGAGCGAGAGACUGUAGGUAAGGACCUCGAGGAAGAUGCGGACAAAUCUCCGGCGGCGAGGAGUUGUGGCGGUUAUCAGUGGGGUGAUUAAUAAAAUAGAUGAAUAAAAUUAAUCAUGUAGAUCAAUAGCAUACUUUUUGCAAGACUAUCAGUAUCAAUUAUAUUAUAAUUCUAUUAUUUAUUUGCAUACCUAACAAACUAUGGCUAUGCAUAAUCCUCACUUCCAUGCAACUGUUGAUUUUUUGUUUCCAACAAUAUGAAAAUGAAUAAGAGCUCUAAAUUCUCCGGUGGAACGGAAGCGAGCUUAAGUGAGGAGCCUCUACUUGCGGCACUGGCUAUUCUCGGCCAUAUCGGCAAGCGCUUGGAGCACUCCGCGGCACUGAAUAUCCGAAAGAAGAAUAAGUGACUUUGUGGCAUCAACCGCUACAAGGAAAGUAGCUUUGUCGUGGACAGUGAAGUAUACCUAUCGGAGAUGCGCUGGCGAUGAAAAGAAUCAAUCAGAAUCGUGUUUCGACGCAGGCCCAUGCCGUAUGAUGGCGAGCGAGAUCACUUGGGCUGUCCCGUAUGUGUGCUAUUCUUGACUUAGCGAUUCUAUAGAUACAUCACAGUCAAUAACUUGCACUUCAACUUCCACUAUGUUAAGAAUUUAACUACCAGUAUGUUGAGAAUUUAGAUGAUCAUGGUUCCGCACUCCUGGCACAUUGAUGUGCUAGUGCAACCAAUUUUGUUCUAUUGAACGUCGUUCGCCUCGGUCGAAUCCGACACUUGAAUCCGUCUGCAAAAAACACCAUGAUGAAGAACACCACGUGAGUGAUCUGUUUCCACCUCUUUGUGAUCGCACAUCAGCGACUGAUCGACGUGAAAAAGAAUAAUCAAGAGCAACCUCAUCUUGGAAAUUCAUGGAUCAGCGGAAGGCUAUUCUGGAGACACUCAUCUUGUGUGACGUCUUGGUGAUUGUUCCGGGUAAGUACUCGUUGCUGCAUCGUUUGCACAUCUAUUCCUGCUGCAUUGACUUCACGAUGCUGGAAUAGCUGCAAUAAACAAUGAUUCCGGCAUUUCCAGUUUAGUUCUAGUUGAGUUGAGCGAAAGUCAUGCUCGUGUUGACCUACUGAAAUUGAUGUUGAAGUAGUCUGCACUGAACUUUGU